AUGUCGACAGUUACAAAAAGACCAUCUCAGCAGCCAUCUGGAAAAAAGAAGGAGAUCACGGGUCGUGGUGUUAAACAUGAACUUACAGAAGACCAAAAACAAGAAAUCCGUGAAGCAUUUGACCUUUUUGACACUGAUAAAUCAGGAACAAUCGAUAUCAAAGAGUUAAAAGUUGCUAUGCGGGCUCUUGGUUUCGAACCAAAAAAAGAAGAAGUAAGAAAACUUUUGACAGAGUUCGAUUGCGACAACAAAGAUUCUAUUGAGUUCUCAGACUUUUUGAGAAUGAUGUCUGUAAAAAUGCAAGACAAAGAUGCGAAAGAAGAGAUGUUAAAAGCCUUUCGUCUUUUUGAUGAUGAUGAAACUGGUAAAAUAUCUUUCAAAAACCUCAAGCGUGUGGCGAAAGAACUUGGUGAAAACCUUACUGACGAGGAGUUGCAAGAAAUGAUUGAUGAAGCUGAUCGCGAUGGUGAUGGUGAAGUCAACGAACAAGAAUUUCUUCGGAUCAUGAAAAAAACAAAUCUAUAUUAA